AUGACUCUUUUGCCUCGUAUUUCUAAUCGUGUCCUCUCUGACUUUAUCCUUAAUGGCUUGCAGCACGGGUUCCCCAUUGGCCACUCUGGUGCUUCUGUAUCUAUCAUCUCUGGCAACCUCCCAACUGCCAUUGAACAUACUCAGUUUGUACAACAACAAAUUGCUGACCGGGUCCGACGUGACGAAUCGGCCGGUCCUUUCUCGGUCCAGCCUUUCCACCCAUUUGUAUGCUCUCCGCUCGGCGUAGUGCCCAAGAACAACGGAAAAGUCCGCCUCAUUCACCACCUGUCUUACCCUGACCGUAUGUCUGUCAAUGAUGGAAUAAACAAGGAUUCGUUCUCCCUUUAUUAUGUCACAGUGGACGAUGCCAUUGAGCGUCUGCAACGUCAAGGUACCGGUGCCUUGAUGGCGAAGCUCGACAUACGCAAUGCAUUUCGACUGGUCCCGGUCGCACCCACUGCAUACCAUUUGUUGGGUUUCCAGUGGCAGGGCCAAUUCUACUAUGACAAAGUACUGCCAUUCGGCCUGAGGUCCGCACCCUACUUGUUUAACUGCAUUGCGGACGCACUUUGCCAGAUAAGCUGUGAACUGUUCCAGGUUCCCCACCUCCUGCACCUUCUGGACGACUUCUGGCUCUGUGGCCCCGCAAACUCAACGCUAUGUGCGCAGCGUCUGAACGUAGUCCUCUCCGUAUUCCGCUACCUGGGAGUUCCCAUUGCCGACGAAAAGACAGUCGGCCCAACCUCCUGUCUCACCUUCCUGGGCAUCGAACUGGACUCCGUCCAGAAAGUGGCUCGUCUCCCACAGGACAAGGUUGACGACAGCCGCUCCAGACUAUUGGCUUUUCGCCAACGCCAAUCCUGUCGUCUACGGGAGCUUGAACAGCUGUUGGGCAAGCUGAACUUUGCCAGCCGCGUCAUCACGCCGGGCCGUACAUUCAUGCGCCGACUGUAUGAUGCCACGCGCAACGUUACCAAGCCCUACCACCGCAUCCGUCUCUCUCCAGAAUGUCAUCUGGACCUUCUUUCGUGGUCUCACCUACUCGAUGGCUGGAAUGGCAAGUCAUUCUUCCUCGAUCUCCAGGAGACGCUGGCCAGCGACAUCCUGAUAGAAACUGACGCAUCUGGCGCCAUUGGGCAUGGCGCAUUGUGGUGUUGCAAGCGUAUCCGCUUCCAUACCGACAACGAAGCUGUCGCCGCUGUUCUCAAGUCUGGCACCAGUCGCUGCCCUAAUGUGAUGUCACUCCUACGGCAGCUCUUCUUCAUCUGCGCCAAGGGUAACUUUAUGGUCACCGCCCGUCACAUACCGGGAAUUACCAACAUCCUUGCUGACGCUCUCUCCAGGCAAGAUUUCAAGCGAUUCCAUUCGUGCCACCCUACCGCCGUUCACAUGCCCACUCCCGUGCGUGCUCUUCCGUCCAUUCCUGGGGAGACUUCGGCCGUGCCUAGCACAGCCGAGUGA